AUGUCUUUCCCUGCAUUGUCCCUUCCGGUCUACCUCAAUACAAUAGCUCACAAUAAUAAACAGGGCAAAGUCGCUGAGCUACGAGCGGAGCUCACGAAUCCCGGCAAGAAGGACAAGAACCACACCACCAAAAAGAAUGCUCUAAAGAAGAUCGUCGCCAAUAUGACCAUGAGCAACAACGACAUGGUCGCACUCUUUCCGGAUAUCGUGGCUUGCAUGGAUCUCCCGGUCCUCGAGAUCAAGAAGAUGUGCUUUUUGUACCUUCAGCAUUAUGCUCGAAUGAAACCAGAUAUUGCUUUGCGAGCGUUGCCGGUGCUAGAAGAGGAUCUUCUGGACCCAAACCCUCUGAUCCGAGCACUUGCACUACGGACUAUCUCAUACGUUCACGUUCGAGAAUUUGUGGAAGGCACGAUCACUCCACUGAAAAAGUUAAUGAUGGACCAAGAUCCCUAUGUCCGGAAAACAGCUGCCAUCACCGUCGCCAAAAUCUACGACCACGACAAACGACUGGUCGAGGGGUCAGAUCUGAUUGAUAGACUCAACAGAAUGCUGAAGGACGACAACCCUACUGUUGUCGCAAGUGCCCUCUCUGCGUUGCAGGAUAUCUGGGAGAGGAGCGAAAACAUCAAGUUGACAAUCGACUACGCGAGCGCCUCCAAAAUCAUUUCGAUCUUGCCGGACUGCAAUGAAUGGUCUCAGACAUACAUCUUGGAAGCACUGGUAUCCUACGUCCCACACGAAUCUGGCGAGGCUCUCUUACUGGCAGAACGAAUAUCCUCUCGACUUUCGCACUCGAAUUCUGCAGUGGUGCUUACCUGCAUUCGAGUCAUUAUGUACCUGAUGAACUACAUCUCCGACCAGAAGAAAGUCGACGAACUUGCCCGCAAACUAUCGCCCCCACUUAUCACCCUCCUCUCGAAACCGCCAGAGAUCCAAUAUCUCGCUCUGAGAAAUGCCAUACUCAUCCUCCAACAAAGGCCUGAGGUUCUGCAAAAUGACAUCCGCGUGUUUUUCUGCAAGUACAACGAUCCGAUAUAUGUCAAGGUGACGAAACUGGAGUUGAUAUUCAUGCUGGCGAAUAGGAGCAACAUUUCAGUGGUCCUCAACGAGUUGAGAGAGUACGCGACCGAGAUCGAUGUCCAGUUUGUGCGUAAGGCUGUUCGAGCAAUUGGCAAACUUGCAAUCAAGAUUGAGCCGGCGGCGCGACAGUGUAUCGACGCGCUCCUGGAACUCGUCAAUGCCAAAAUCCCGUACAUCGUGCAAGAAGCAACGGUGGUCAUCAAGAACAUUUUCCGCAAAUACCCCAACCAGUACGAAUCCGUCAUCUCUACCGUGAUCGGGCAGAUUGAUGAAUUGGAUGAGCCAGAGGCGAAGGCUGCGAUCAUCUGGAUCAUCGGAGAGUACGCUGACCGAAUCGAUAACGCCGAUUCACUACUACAAGACUACCUGUCGACGUUCCACGAAGAGCCUAUAGAGGUACAACUGGCCCUCCUGACUGCCACAGUGAAACUCUUCCUCCACCGGCCAACCAAGGGCUCGUCAAUCGUCCCGCAAGUGUUGAAAUGGUGCACAGAAGAGUCCGACGAUCCGGAUCUUCGCGAUCGAGGGUACAUGUACUGGCGGCUGUUGUCUACCGACCCGGUGACAGCGAAGAAGGUCGUCAUGGGGACGAAACCACCCAUUACAGCCGAAAGCGAGAAGCUGGACCCAACGACUCUGGAAGAGCUAUGCCUGGGCAUCGGGACUCUCGCCACCAUCUAUUUGAAACCAGUCCAGCAAGUCUUCCGGUCUGCACGGACACGUCGGCUUCAGGAGUCACCUGCCCUGCAAAGGAAGAGAGAAGACUUGAAUCGCGCUCUGACGGGUCUGGAGCUGGCGAACCCGCUGUCAUUGAACACAACUACUGUCACGACCCCAGGCGGUACUGCCCUGCCCAACCAUCAAGCAGCGAUCGAAGCAGCCGACGAAUAUUUCAAGAACUUGAGCUUGAGUGACAACAGUGGCGGGGAUAUCCUGACCAGUCCGACUGGCGGAGGAGGGGGAAACCCAUAUAUCGUCAGCCAGAGCGCGCCGCAGCACAGUUUCCAUCCACAGACGAGUGUCGCCAACAACGGAGAUCUCCUGUACUAG